GUUUAGUUAAGACUAAGAGAAGACGAGAGAGCAGCACAGCCGCUGGGACACAGUACAAGAGCAGCAUGAACGUCACAAUUGAAAAGCUUGUUGAGGAAACCGACGCUGGCAGAUGUGUUGGAAUAGAGAUCCGGAAUAAAAGCGCAAAAAUCAUCCUGGAGCACCCUGAAAGCUACUGCUCCAGCGGUUACCUGAAAAUUCCUCCACAGCCAUCCGUUCAUCCUGGAGAGACGGGCAUGGCUGUCUUUGUGAAGACCCAAAAUUCACUUCGUGGAAGCGUGGGGGUCCUCAGCUACAAGUUCAACCACAAGCGUUUCUUCCUCUACUUCUCAAACCCCUUUGACUAUGUUCUGUAUAACAAUGAGUUUGCAUUGCACAUCGCUGAUGAAUCUUUGCGAACAGACGACAGAUUGUAUGAAAGUCUAACUCUUGGCCAUGCGCAACAGCCUUAUGAAAAGAGGAAUAUCGGGCAUGGGAAUUCAUCUUUGAAACUGAAAGGUGAAGGGGCACAGAUUGCAGCUACAAUGUCUGCAAACGCCAAACCAAUCAUUAAGCUUGAGUUUAGUGAUUAAACUUAUGACCAGACUAGCUUCAGUUUAGUGAGGAAGGUUUUUAAGAACCAUGCUAGCUUCAGUUUCUUUUUAGAGCAUUAACGCUAAAAAACCCCUUUUUAAAGCACAAUCACAGUAUUAGGGAUCUUUCUCUUUAGACAAUUGCAUUAGGUUGUAAAAUGUUGCAGCACAGUCCUAGUUUGUUUAUAAUGGGGUUUAUAAUAUGCUGCAUGAUUUAUAUAUGGCCUCAGCUCUA